UGAUUAAUGCAGUUCGAGAUUACGACGUUGGUCCCUUCUAAAUCGACAAUCCCCUUGCCUCUCCGUUGAUCAUUUUCUUCUUUUUCGCUUCCGAUCUUCUGUUCCAUAACCAGAAGCCCUAAUCGCCAUGGCGGAGUCUCACCGCAUUUCUGUUCAUGAAGCUCUCGGUGGUGGUCCAGUUGCGGAUAUGUUACUGUGGCGGAAAUGGAGCGGAGGGGCGGUUGUGCUGGUCGCUUCUACCGUCCUCUGGUUCUUCUUCGAGGUUGCUGGUUAUAGCAUCUUGUCUUUCGUUGCCAAUGUCCUAUUUCUCGUGGUCUGCAUCCUCUUCUUUUGGGGUAAAUCUGCUUCAUUACUUAAUAGACCUCUGCCUCCCCUUCCCGAUCUUGAAGUUUCUGAGGAAUCUAUUUUGAGGGCAGCUGAUGUAACUCGACUGUGGAUCAAUCAGGGAUUAUUGGUUGCACGUGACAUAACAGUUGAUCAAAAUUUGAAACUUUUUCUUCAGGUUGCUUUUGGCUUGUGGUUAAUAUCUUAUGUUGGCAGUUUAUUCAACUUGCUUACUCUGAUCUACCUUGGGGUUCUCCUUAGUCUAUCAGUUCCGUUGUUUUAUGAAAAGUACCAGGAUCCAGUUGAUGAGACGCUGAUCGUGGCUUAUAAGAUAAUUCUGAAGAACUGCAGGAAAUUUGAUGAAAAGGUCCUAAAAAAGAUUCCAAUGGCCCUUAAUAAAGAAUACAAAAGUCAAUAGGUUCUUCCAGGUUUCUGUUUGCUGGAUGGUUGAUACAAAUAUUGUUAGCUACAGCACAGUACGGUAAAUCAUUUGUGCAGGACUGGCAUUUAUUUUUACUCCAACCUUUUGUAGGAAUAUAGUCAAAUCUUGCUUCCUUGAUGAUCUUUUAUUUCCCCCACCUCUUGGAAUUUUCCAAAUUGUGAGUCUCUUUUUGAUAAUUUUUUGUUUCCUUCUUUGGCAUGAAACAUAAAAAAGAAGCUUCAUAUAACGCGAGUAAUUUCAUUUAAUUAUUUGCUAUGCCACUAUGUAAAUUAUUGUUGUUCUCAGCUACUCUCCAUGGAUGUGAGCUAAGUGUAGAAAGAAGUCAUUAUGAUAGCUUCAUCACACAUCUAGGUUUUAUUCCUCUCCUCCUUUACGGUAAUCAUUAGUUUGUUGGAUACACAAUAUUUUUACAUAUGAAAAUGAUUGGGAUGUCAACAUUUAUGUAGCGGACCUUAUACAGAGAUGCAAUGCAAAGACAACUUCAUGUUUCAUUUGUAUAUGUGUGGGAUAAUAAGGCCCUUGGAUUUUGUUGGAAAAUGCAGAAUCUAAAUUCAUAUUUGAAAGUAUAAGUUGUGGUCCUGAA